AUGCAGGUUAUUCCUCAAGGGACCAGCCUUGUGAUAGCGGAAUCUCACCCCAUGCACCUCCAUGGUUUCGACUUUUUCGUGGUCCGACGUGGGCUUGGGAACUCCAACUCGUCACUGGCUUCGACGUUUAAUCUCUUGGAUCCUCCUGGGCACUGCUUGAUGGGUGAGAUUCUUACUCAUCCCGGAGCAUCCUCUAUACUACAGUUCACUUUUGUUGCUUGCAGUGAGGACGCACCGUCAAUGUCGAUUUAUUCAAAUCGAUACACUUGCUUCGAGGGCUUGUGGAACAAAGUCGAAAAUGCGGCUCUUCUUAUUUGUGUUCUUUGUGUGUUGCUGCAAAGGAGAUGUUUCCAGCUCGUUGAAGGAAUGCCGGAAGUUCUCAGUGUUCAUCCCAACAGAGUUCGUCGGCUCUUUACAACUCGCUCGUGGGAUUUCUUGGGCCUUCCGAUUGACGCAGAGUCAAAAGCAGCAAGUCUGUUGUCCGAGCAUAGAAUUCUGGAUGAGGACUCCAGUGAUGUAAUAAUUGGAGUCCUUGACACAGUUCCGGCGAAAUGGAAGGGCUCUUGCGUCAAUGAUCCGAAAACGAACGCUUCAGUGGUAGUACACUGUAACAGGUACGAGGCAUUUUGCGCGCACUCCACUCCAUCGCUUUCUUUUUCUGAAUUUUGUGUGUAUCAUAUCGCCAGGAAAGUCAUAGGUGCGAAAUACUACAGAGCCGGCCUGUCCCCAAACGCUUCGGUGGCAUACAGCAAUCCUAGAGACUUUGAUGGCCAUGGAACGGGCACAGCUUCCAUUGGGGCUGGUAUGGCAGUGGCCAACGCGAGCAUGGAAGGACUAGCUUCAGGAACUGCUAGAGGUGGUCUUCGCAGUGCCAGGAUCUCUGCGUACAAGGUGUGCUGGACUUUCCAGUGCUACGAUAUCGACAUUGUAGCGGCUCUAGACGACGCAAUUCACGAUGGAGUAGACGUGAUAUCGCUCUCGCUUGGCGACGUACCUCUGCCGUAUAACGUCGACAUUAUCGCGAUUGGUGCCUUCCAUGCAUUGGAGAAAGGCAUCUUAGUCUCGUGUGCUUGUGGAAACUCUGGGCCGAUCAAAGGAACAGUGACCAACAUAGCUCCUUGGAUACUUACUGUUGGUGCCAGCUCCAUCGAUCGAGAGAUCACGCCGUGA